CGCGCAUUGUGGCCCGGGGAGAGCGCGAGCUGUGGCGCGAGCGGUGAGGCGGGGUUCUCAGGCGGCUGCUCCAUCUUCGGCCCAGAGACGGACAGGUCAGGAGGCGCUUCUCCACUUUGUGGGGCAGGCCUUUGCUUUGCCUCCUGACAGGCUUUCCACCAGGGAGAACGGUGGCACCGUGGCAGCUGCAGAUUCCACAUUUUGUCCACUAAGUGAAAAGAAAUCUGCUUUGCAGAUGGCUUUGGAAGUAGAAAAAUCUUAUUUUGAUGUUUUUCUGAGGACAACACUGAAGUACUAUGAUGACUACAGUCAAGCACUCAGAGGCUAGUUUGCUGGAUUUGCCAGGAAUUCUCCCACCCAGAUCUGUGGCUUCUGCUCGCUACAACUCUGCCACCAGAGCCUUUCACAGCUUUGAUGGGAACCAGAUGUGGUUUACCACUAAUUCAUCCACUCCAAAACAUUUGCUAGGUAAAGAAAACCCAAAUUUUAAUAAUGCCACACCCUUGCUAUCAGGAACCAACAUUUCCUCACAACCGCCAGAAGUAUCUGAUUUUGGACUGGAGAAAAUGAUAAGAUCAAAAAGGUUUUCAGCAGCAGGGGCUCUUUUGUUGCCCGAGAUGCCCACUUCUUCAAAUCUGCACCCUCUGUCUGAUCAUGAAGGAACCCCCAGGCUGAGCACAUGCAGGCAAUCACCUAUGGUUACUUGCUCAUUGAUGGGCCAAGUGAGAAAGAUGUCCUCUUUCCAGGCUGAUUACUGGGCAUGUGCAAUACCAGAUUCCUUACCACCAUCACCGGACCGUCAAUCCCCUCACUGGAACCCCAACAAAGAAUACGAGGACUUGCUCGAUUAUACCUACCCUUUACGGCCAAAAUACAAGCUUGCACAGAACAUCCAAGACUCCGCUGUCCAUGAUUCUGGAGUUGAUCUUGACAGCUUCUCCAUUUCCCCUGAAAGCACCCUGAAAUCUGUGAGCAUGCAUGACCAGAAACCUCUGGUUCUGGGGACUCAGAGUACACAGAGAUUUUUGACCCCGUUUUUGAAAAAACUUGAAGGUUCAGAUCCAGUUUCUCAUUACAAUAUUUCACCCAUUGGGAAAGUGUCCUUUGGAGAUGCAGAAAGGAGCAUUUCUUAUGAGAAUGUGGAUGGUUUGUCUCCAUCGUGCUAUGAACAUGCUCCGUCCAGUUCAGCCAACCGAGAUGAAAAUGUGUGGAACGCAAGGGGAGAUGACAAUCUCAACAGGAUGACUACCACUCAUAGCAGCUUCAUACGCUCGACAAGGGUGCUGCCCUUAAGAAAAGAGUGCUCCGGUGACGAUGAAUAUCUCUCCUUACCCCCCAGACUCAAGGAGUUAGAGACCUUGGCUCUGCAGUUGACUGAUCUGUCACUGACUAUAAGGAGACCGGAAUAUGACUCUGCGCAUGAUGGUUUCCCAGGCAUCAGUGUGAACGGAAGGCAAGUUCUAUCAGAGGUUCAGGCCGACGGCGGCAGUAAUGAGAGCCAAUGUGAAUUUUAUUGUGAUUCUCCUGGUAGCUUUCACAAACAUGGUGAAGAAGACUUUCUGAGCCGUCAACCUGAAAAUGUGCCAAGAAAGGCUGCAAGCAGUGAUCCCAUUGAAAUAGGAAGACUAGAGUUCCAAAAUAGUGGAAGUAAUCAGGGCAAGGAGGUAAAGAAUGGAAGCUCUCUUACAGACCACAUCAAGAUGUUCUGCGGCCAGCUAGAAGAGCUCAUUUGUUGGCUGCACAAAGUAGCAGAUGUUACAGACAAUUGGAUUCCUCCCAAGCCAGAUGUUAAAAGUGUUAAGGCAGCACUCCAGAACUACCUGGCGUUCAAAAAGGAUUUAGCUGAACACCAAGCAUUGACAGAAGGUGUCUUGCAGGAUGGGGAAAGGCUUCUCCAAUGCAUGGCAUCAAGUUCACCAGAAAAUUAUUGUGAGUGGGGGCAACCACUGAGGGAGGCCUAUUCUCACCUCUCCAAUCUACAAGUAGCUGCAUCUUACUCUUGUUCUGAAGUUCUACAGGACACUCUGCGUUUGAUUGGAAAACAAUCUGAUGAGCUUGAAAGCCACGCUGAACGCCUGUAUGAGUCUGUUCUCUCUGUUGUGGAUACCCUUGGUGCUGGCGUGAUGGAGAAUUGUGAUACACAACCAAUAGGGGCCCAGUCAUAGUCAUCCAAGUAGAGAACACCCUGGUUGAUGUGGACAUUUUUGGCCCACCUGUAUCUGAACGAAAGAACUACAUCUCUAAGGAGUCUUACAGCACUGUGGCCUAAAAAAGAGUUGAACUAUUUGGGAACGUCACCUUCAAAACUCUGCUCUACUGGAGUGGCUUCAAGAUUGACUUCCAAGUUUAACCAUUACAGGCACCUGGCUCCAGUUACCAGCACCAGAGUGUUGGAUAGCACCACAAAGAUACCUUUUCCUGAUUUUGGAGUGAUUGGUGGUUUUGUGACAAACUUUCUCUAACAGUUGAGUUGGAUUCAUUUUUUCUGCUUCAUUUGUUUAUCAUGUCAGGAGCAAGUUGAGAAUACAAUUACAAUGUAUAAAAAACCACAGAGUUAAAAACUUGGAAUUAUGAUAAAUUUCCUUUGACCAGAAGCUGGCCACUUUAAGUGCCUUUUGUGUCACUGCAAGAAGGUCCUCUAUUGUGCAUGUGGCAGGGCUCAGACUGCAUUGUAGUAGAUGGUCUGUAGUUUGCUUUAUUCCACACUUGCAUGUCGUGGAGUCCACUUUAUAGGCUCAUUUCUUAAGACUGGCUCUGUAUCUCAUGGUCCCAGAGUGCAGUCUGUUGUGUUCCCAGGAGGGAGUUUCUCAUCUGAAAUCAGCCACUGAUUGAAGUUCUCGGAUUUAACCUGCCACUUUUGGACUCUCGCUUGCUGAGGUGUUCCUGCGAGUAUCUCUGUACAUCUUAGGAAGCUGUUUCAUGAUUCUGCUUCAUGUAGUGCAUAAUUUCAGUGCCUUUGUGUACAAUCUCUUUCAAAACUGUCUUCUAAGGAUUUAACAUUUCUCUGAAAUACUACUUUUUAAAUAAAGGUUAUUUUGUCACUGUA